UUGUUCUGGUCGAGAAUUAUGUAACAGAGGGGAUGAUUUUAGAAACAAGAAGCACUGGGGUGAUAUGAUUUUAGAGCCACCAUGAUGCAAGCUAUUAUUCAAGACAUGAUCCUCUUUCUUCAUUCCAGCUUGACCCUUACAUUGUUUUAGGUACUUGAAUCUUCUUGAAAAAUAUCCUGUGGCAACGAAAGCUGUGACAUCUGCACUUCUGACUUUCGUUGGAGAUUUGAUCUGCCAGCUUGCAAUUGAUCAAGCGCCAUCAUUGGAUAUCAAAAGGACAUUCCUGUUUACUCUGCUGGGUCUGGUGUUAGUGGGUCCCACAUUGCAUUUCUGGUACCUAUAUCUGAGUAAAUUGGUGACAAUGCCGGGCGCCUCAGGUGCAUUUUGCCGACUUUUAGUUGAUCAGUUUAUCUUUGCUCCAGUCUUCAUUGGAGUUUUCUUAUCUUCAUUAUUGACAUUAGAGGGAAGACCUUCUCAAAUAGUACCCAAGCUCCAACAGGAGUGGUUUUCAUCUGUUCUUGCAAACUGGCAACUCUGGAUACCUUUUCAGUUUUUUAACUUCAGAUUUGUGCCUCAGCAAUUCCAGGUACUCGCCGCGAAUGUUAUUGCUUUGAUUUGGAAUGUGAUUCUGUCGUUCAAAGCUCACAAAGAGGUUCUUGCUAAAUAGGUGCAUGUUGGAAUCGUAAUAUCCGUACUUUCUGUUUUCAGAUUGUUUGCAUGUUACAUAAAUUAGUAAUCAAAAUGGAGGAUUUGGGAGGUGUUCUAAUAGUUUCAGGAAGUGGGAAACGAGGUCAUGGUGCCCUUUUCUUAGUUUUUGCUUGUUGGGUGGGAAGGAAAGUGAGGAUGAAGGGUGAAAGAAGCAGGUGAGUUUGAGCAAUUUGGAUGACGAGGGGGUGACGCAAGCAUGAGUCAGCUUUUAGUAGCUUCUUGUGACGUUCAUUGACAUCCAUACCGGUCCUAGUCAACGGACACGUCACUACAAAUUUGACCCCGCCUUUCCUGAUCAGCAUUUAAUUCGUAAGUACGGUUGGGAUAAUGGACGGUGGUGAUUGGUGGAAUGCGACACGUGGCGACAUUAGCAAUAUGAUAACAUAGAGACAACACAGUGUGUUUCCAGCCUGACCUUUUUGACUUUGGCCUAAUUCCUCUCCGUCUACCGCUUAUUUAUACGUUCUUGUCGUUUUUAUUCAAUUACACCACCGUUUUUAACCCUUCAUAUUUUAAUGUAGAUUUCAUAUUUUAUCAGAAA